CACCCCCUUCCUGUUUACAAAUCCCAAUCGAAGUUUCCAGAGACAUUAAAAAUCUUAAACCAAUCGAAGACAUGAUGACCGUACAAAACAGUGGUAGUACCGUCAAGGGUUUUCCACUUGGCUGGCCCGUACCAGCCAAGUUUUGUGACUCGUGUAAGACCGCCGUGGCCUUACUGUUCUGCAUAAAGGACACGGCGUUUUUAUGUAUGGCGUGUGACAUGAAAAUACACAGUCACACGCGUCACGAGCGUGUGUGGAUGUGUGAAGUAUGUGAGCACGCGCCUGCUAGCGUCACUUGUAAAGCUGACGCUGCCGCGUUGUGCGUCACAUGUGACCGAGACAUUCAUUCGGCGAACCCGCUUUCUCAACGGCACGACCGCGUCCCGGUCGUUCCGUUUUAUGAUUGUGUGGAUAUACUCGCGAAAACUUCCCCGUGUACCUUCCUUGAAGGAAACGCUAACGAGGAUAUGAUUAGUUCGGUAACAAAUGAUGAUGAAAUUGAUCAAUGGCGAAUUCCCGUAGAGUCGGUAAAUAUCGAUUCUGGGACCGAUGUUAAGUCAGUCGAGAUGUUGUUCCCGGAAUCUGAUCAUUUACUCGAUUUCGAUUUUCCUGUUGCAACAGAUAGUGUUGUCCCGUUCCAACCCGUGCCUCCCGCAAAGAAAUAUGCGAAUGAAAAUCGAUGCGAGAUCGAUUUCACAAGAUCUAAUAUCAUUGAUUCUUACAACAGUAAAAACAGUUAUUUAUCGCAGUCAUUGAGCCAAAGUGUAUCUUCGUCUUCGAUUGAUGUGGGAAUCGUACCGGAAGGAAGUUGCUUAUCUGAAAUAUCGCACCCAUUUGCCCUACAAAUGAAUGGGGGAGGGGAGAUGAACGGAAGUCAACAACUAACGCCAUUAUCCGGGACGGACAGGGAAGCUAGAGUGAUGAGGUAUAGAGAGAAAAAGAAGAAUAGGAAGUUUGAGAAAACAAUUAGAUACGCCUCAAGAAAGGCGUAUGCUGAAACACGGCCAAGGAUUAAAGGCCGGUUUGCAAAAAGGACGGAAGCUGUUGAUUCGGAUGCCGACACGUGGUUGUUUAACGGGUCGUCGAAAGCUAGUUAUGGUGUGGAGGUUGACUACGGCGUAGUUCCGUCCUGUUUUUGAUGUUUUUUUUUACAGUAAUAUCCUUUUUAAGCUAAGUUUAUGUUUUAAUAUGUGUAUAAUUUUACUAAGAUACUGAGGUGAAGUUAGUUUUUGUUUUUGUUAAAUCUAAUUUACCGGAGAAAUUGAAUAAUUGUUGAUGA